UCUCUGUGGGUGGGCCAAACCAAACUGUUCUCUUUGCAAAUCCAUUGUUCCCUAAAACCUCAGCGUCCAUUCAGGGAAACCUCAGACAGGAUCAGCCAAUUCAGAUUUCUCCUUCCACUCGUUUCCCAUCUCAAAAAGUUAUGAGAGAUAGAGAGAGAGAGAUUUACUUUUUACAGAGCAGUGAAUUGCUGUUGCACACAACUAUUUAGCAGCUGAAGAGAAAGAGACCCAAGCAACCUUUUCAUUCAUUUGCUCUCUGUGUCCUCUACAAUUAUCCUCAACAGGGUCAUUUCUGCCAUUAUUACCUGGUUUGAGAGCUUUAAUACAGAGGACCAAGGAUUCAAACACAGAGAGAAAUGCAUCAACAGGCAGAUGGCUCUCACUCACCUGCUUUUAUCUCUCCAUCGUUGCAGAGAGGGCCUGUUCCAUCUCCACGGGCACUUGGGACGAAAACCCCUUCCGAUGAUGCUCAAGCGGUAGCCUCACAGAAGAGCCACAGCGAGGCGGAAAGGAGACGCAGAGAGAGAAUCAAUGGGCACCUCUCCACUCUCCGGCAGCUCCUCCCAUGCACCAGCAAGAUGGACAAGGCCUCGCUGCUCAGAGAAGUGGUCGACAGCCUGAAGGAGCUGAAGAGGAAGGCAUCAGAAAUCAGCAAGGACCUCUCUUGCCCAACUGACACCGACGAAUUGAGAGUCGAAUUGUGCAAUUCAGGAUCCCCCAACAGUGCUUUCCCUCUCAUCAAGGCCUCUUUUUGCUGCGAAGAUCGACCCCAACUCGUGGCCGAUCUAAUCCGAGCACUCCAGAGCUUAAGGCUAAGGACUGUCAAGGCCAACAUCUCCACCUUAGGUGGUAGAGUGAGAAAUGACUUCAUAUUCAUGGCUAGAGAGAGGGUUAGUGUUACCACAAUUCAGGAAGCUUUGAGGGCUGUUCUGAUAAGGGGCAGCAAUGGUGAAUCCACAUUGGAUGCCUGCAACAAGAGGCAAAAGAGGAUUCUAAGCUUUGUUCAUGGCCUGUUCUAGCUCUCCUCCCUCAAUUAUUUGCUACAAGACACAGCCCAUGUAUGUGUAUGGUUCAGAGCUCGGGUAUCCAUCGUCGAUUCUCGACAACGGAUGAUGGAGAUUAUACUAUCUUCUCAUUGUUAUGUGUCACGUGGGUAUGAUUAAUCUCCAUGAAAGUUGUUAAGAAUCAACAGCUGAUACCAUAGUGCGGACCUUAUACAGUAAACAGGUUACGUGUCGUGGACUUUCUCUUUUUGUGAACUAUUGUCAUUUUUAAGGGAAAACCGUUCAUGCUAGCA